AUGACAGACAUAUAAAAUAUAGUUCAUUCUAAAUAUGGGUAUAACUAAUUUGAAAUGUUUUUAAUGGUUUUAAUUACAGGGAUAACUAAUUUUGUAAUGAUUCCAGUAAUCAUCAUUAUCAGGAAAUAAAGAAUGGAUUGCCAAUAUUAUAUCUCCAUAUUUACUUUCAUAACAAGUUUCAUGUAUCACACAUUAGAAAGUGUUGAUUGUGAGUAUUUCAUAAUUGAAGAAGGAGGAUGGCAUCGUUUAGAUAAUAUUGGAUCAAUUGUAUGUUUUUAGAUGUUAUUUACAUAAUUGAGUGAUUUUUAAAAUUUACAUCUUGAAACAAUGUUAAAUUAUUUUGGACUAUUUAUAACAUUCAUAGCAUAAGCAAAAUCUCCCUGGGAUUUAAAUUAUACAGUGGGUCCUAUUUUAAUAUAAUUUUUGAUUUGCAUCUUUUUGAUAAUAAAAAGAAGAAGAUUACCAAAAUUGAACAAAAAGAAAGUAUUUAUAAAUAAAAUAUAUUAAGAUGAAAAAAGGAUUGAUAAUAUUAUUGGCAGCCGUAGUUUUUUUUUGUAUAUCAUAAGAUGAAUAUAAGGAUUAUUUAAGAUUUUAUCAUGGAAUGUGGCAUACAACAGUUGGAUUAUUUUCAUUCUAUGUGUGGCAAUCAAAAUGUGAAAUUGAAUUCACUUUAAGAAAUUUUUAUACAAUACCUACUUUGAAAGAAUCAUAUUAUAAAGAAGAAUGA